GUCAGGUGACUUCCGUAUGAGCAAAGUAAAACACAUUUGAAGUGACGAUAUUUAGGUGGGCUCAGAUUUGGGGAAGUUUGGGUUAAAUGGUGACAGUGACAGUCUUACAAUACAGAAAGAAGUGGUGGUAGAGGGCUCCUUGCAGAGUGUUGGCCUGAAGCGAAAGACAGCGAGACUCAAGCUCUUAACUGCCUGGAUUCUUGCAUCUAUGAACCAGUAGCAUUAGCAUCAACAUGGCAGAGAGGAACAGUGCCAGCUGGAACCGUAAGGUGGCUUCAUUUUGUUCCGAGCCUAAAACUUUCUUAUGUGACUCCUCUGUGGAUGGGUUUUUGGGAGAACUUCUGAAAGAUCUUCAGAGUGAAGCUAUACAUGGCCAAACUAAGAUUUUAAUGAUGGACCUCCUACUAGAGUUCCCUGAAUUUCUGUGCCCGGACCAAAAAACAGUGGAAAUGACUGCAGAGACAUUAAUGAACAUUUUAAAGAAGAUGCCAAGCUCAGAGAGAAGUAUGACUUUAAGGUGCCACCUCUUGUUAGCAAUUGAGACUGUUUUGAUUACAUGUGAAAGCUUCAAUCAGAACAGCAAAAUGGCACAAGACUUUGCUUCCCUACUAAUGCAUAUAAUAUCGGAUGUGAAUGACAAAAAGCAAGGCGUUGCAAACAGACCCUUACGCACUACAGCUUGUGAAUGUCUGCGGGAACUGGAGAGCUGCUACCCAGGGUUUCUGUCUCAAAGAAUGGAGAAGUUGUACUUGAUGCAACAACAAGAGGUGACUGCCGCACAUCAGUCGUACACAUUGCUCUAUACUGUUGUAUUGAAAAAUGCAAUACGAUUUUUAGCACAGAAGGAAGGGCCAUCCAAUGGUGCACUUAAGAAUGCCUUGUUGAGCAAUGAAGACUUUUUCUGGAGCGCAACUGAAAAUAUGGUUGAAUUACAGCCAUCAUCUAAUGAACAGUUAUUAUUGCUCCCAUCCAACAGUGAAACAAAGGAUCUGAAAUCCAUUUUAGCUUUACUGCUCGAAGACUCCUACCUUCUUACACCGGUUUGCCAAAACACUCUGUUCUGGCAAAUAGUUCAAGUUGUAGCCAUGGCCCGUACCAUCUCACCAGUGAUCUUCAAAUCUCAGCUAGUGAGGUUAUUUAGCACAAUGGACCUGUCUUGUUUUCACAGCAUACUGCAAAUGAAAGCUGUGUUUACAGAUAGCCUGUUCACGGGAGAGGAUGAACAUUUCCUCAUUCAGAGACUAGUGGGAAUGACCCAACACCCACUUCUGUCUACACCAGUCAAACUCUUUUAUUUAGACUGUCUUUUACAUUUUCCAGAAAACAGACCCCUUACUUCCAACUCUGAAGAGAAUUUGCCAGUUCUGCUCACAGUCCAAAUGACUUCUUCUUUAUUUCCUAAUGUUUUUAAUGACCACAGCACCAUGCUGUGCAGACAGAAUGUAUUAAGCAUGGUUUACCUUGAAAACGAAGGGUCCUAUUCCGAAAAGGGUAUAGCUUUCCUUUUUGAACAUGUCAUGUCUCUUUACAGUAUGGUUCAUAAGAAUGGCAACAGAGAAAUAACAGCAACUUUUUUCCGAGCCGUGCAUUUGUUUGUUCAAUAUUUUAACUUUUGUGAAAAGCACAUGGAAAAUCUGACAGAAAAACUGCUCAAGUUAUAUAUGAGCAAUAGCUCAUUGGCUCCAAAUUUUAUCAAUCUCAUUAACCAGACACAAAUUUUACUGGAAUUCCAUGUUUGGCCGGUUACUUUGUCAAAGGCUUUACAAAAAGAAAUCGUGAAUCUUCCCACUGAUAAAUGGACUAUGAAAAACCUUGGAUGGCAUCUUAAGAUUCUCUCGAGGGUUGCCCAGGAAAAUUCAAUAUCACAGAGCAGCACAGCCCUGUUUUUAAGGCGUGUGGUUUUCUGUUCUGAUCUGUGCAGUAAAGGUGAUUGGAGGACAGGAAAUGCACUGCUCUCUGUAUGUAAGCAUGUACUUCAACAUCAAAAACUCAGUGCUAUUUUUGUGCAUUUGGCAGAUCUCUUACAAUAUCUAAUGCAUCGUUUUGAGGACAUUGAUGUUCAAGACCGUGCCCGGUUGUAUUAUGUGCUUCUAACCAAUGUUUCAAGUGACAAACUUGGAAAAAUUCUAACCAUGUCACCAGCUCGAGGCCAAACUAAAUCUAGGUCCUUAUCCUCAAUCAUGACUGAAAAUGAGAAUUUUUCCACAAUGCUAACCAUACGUAAUGCUGAAAAAACAUUAUUAUGUUUGCAACCUGUGCUCGAGGGCAUAAAAGCUUUUACCUGUAUCUCAGAUUCCCCUAGAUCUGUAAAUGAAUGUUCUUUUGAAGAAUAUUAUAAGCAUUGUGCUGAUAACAGCUCUUCUUUGCUUACACUAAAAUACCAUUUGGCAUUUAAAGAGAUGUCUGAGCCCAAGUAUCACAAUCUCUACUGUAUUGUACUCCAGUUUGAAAAUACAGAUUGUAGGUUUGAGUCUAUAAGUGACAUUAAUGUUCCAUGCUUAUUCGUGGACAGAAAGCCACCAGUUGUCACUAUAAAUUUAGUGCCAAAAGAGCCUUACCCAACCAUCUUUUCUGUAAGUGCCACAUACAGUACACAAGACGGCAUCACUUAUCAGACAAAACUGGACCCACUUUACAUUACCUUUCGGGAAAUGUUUAUUCCACUCCCACUGCCUGCUUUAUGGCCUUUAGAAUCCAGAUUUGAUUUGUUUGGCAAGCUUUGGAGUGCCUUUAAGCCUGAUGAACAGAAUCAGUUUGAGGAGAGCAUAUUUUGCUAUGAAAUGUCAAAUAACUCUCUUCAUGAUAUUGUGCUGGAUAACUUUUCCAAGUUUGCUGUGUCCUGCAAUGGCGGGGAAUACAAAAUCGCUGUGUUUUUACCCCCACAGUUUCACAUAUUAAUGCACAUUAAGAGUCAAGAUGAUACUGCCUGCUUCAGUGUUAGAACAGAUAAUUGGAACUUACUGCCUUAUUUAAAUUCGCACCUUUUAGAUAUCACGUUACAAAAAUGAUUAGGUCCUGAAAUGAUUUGCUGGAUACUUAAUAGAAUCAAGUACUAAAUCAGCCUGUACAUUUGGCAUGUUUAAAGAAAUUGUUUUAAAUUGGAAUACAAAUUAUAUAUAAAAAAAAAAUUGAAAAAACAUUUGUACUCAGAUAUGUCUAUAUUUAUAUUUAUUUAGGGAUUCUGUACUAGGGAUGCACAGAAUCCACUUUUUUCAGGUUCGGCAGAACACCGAAUCCUUCAUAAAAGGUUUGGCCAAAUAACGAACUGAAUCAGAAUCCUAAUUAGCAUAUGCUGAUUAGGUUAUGGAAUGGUUAAAGGUAACCGCACGCUGACAAAAAAUCACAUGACUUUUAAGACCGCAGCAUGCAAUCGGCCAAAUCCGAAUCCUGCUGAAAAAGACAGAAUCUUGCCUGAAUCCUGAACUGAAUCCUGGAUUUGGUGCAUCCUUAGUACUAACCACGAAUUAUGGUGUUCCAUCAGCAAUACAGACUGUGAGUAGGCUUGGACUGGGAUUCAAAAUAGGCCCUGGCAUUUCACGUACACAGAGGCCCAAACACCAGCCCAAUAAAUAGUGACUGUUUAUGGCAUCUUACAGCAGCACCUCCGGGAUUUGCCAGAAUUCAGAUUGCCAGUCUGGGCUUGACUGUGAGACAAGUUCUUUGACUCCUUUAAUAACAUAGAUUAUUUUGAAACUGUUACUCUGCUGAAGAAAUAGAGAUGCCCCAUUCUUUGUUCUUUUUCGAUGGCCAGUAUUUUAUUUCAAGCUCAAAAAGUUACACUGGCUACAAGCUGCAUUUUUUAAUUCUUUAGAUAACUGUUUAAUGCUGAUGUAGACAUAGGGAUAUUUCUGCCUUGUGUUAAGGUUCACAUCUUUUCUCAGCCAGCACUCCUGCAUGAGUGGUUAAUAGUGUACCCUUCAUAGUAGGAAGAAAGUUACUU